AUGGACAGUAACUUCCGAUUAUCAUUUUUACUCGCAUACAUUCUUCUAAAUAUCAUCAAUGUGGUACAAACAGUUCCACACGGUUAUUUAUUAGGGUCGACCUAUAUACCUGGAGCAACAUCAAACUCCUUAUGUAAAAUUGAUCCAUUGACUGGAAAGUUUUCAACACUUGCUGCAUUGGACGAUUACAAGGCUUAUGAUGUUACCUACGACUUUAUUCAUAAGGUUUUCUAUGUCUUUGGUAGCAGAGCAUUUGUUAACCGCGAUACAGCAGAUCUUUCGGUACUUGUGGUUAAUCCAUUCAAUGGUACACAACAAUACCGACCACUUCCCACUGAACCAUUUGUUGACUUAUUUGGUUUACGUGUUGAUAGUAGUACAGGAAAAUUGUAUACAUUACGAAUGAGUGACGUUGAAGAUGAUCCUGUAAGUAUCAUACAAAUAGACCCUGUAGAUUUCAAAGUUAAACGAUGGGUUAAUAUUACAAAAUCCACUGGUGUACAACCUAAUUCAAUGACCAUAUUUUACAAUGCAACAGAUCAUCGAUACUUCGUGACAGUGGCAUCCGAGUCUUUCGAUAAUGCACUUGUAGGUAUUGAUGUCGUGCGUCGCAAAGAAAUCAGUCGAAUUGUUAAACACAGUUUACCAGCUUAUUUAUGUUACGAUAAUAUAACAAACGCUUUUUAUGGUAUACAAGAAACGGAAGGCAAGCGUGGUUGUCGGUUAAUCCGUUUGAAUCCCUACAAUGGUACAAUGGAAGUUUUAUCUCAUGAUUUUAAUGAUUAUUUAGCAUCGACUGGAACUUGUUAUGAUGGAUUUUAUUUUACAAUGAUUGUGAAAAAUCUCAAUACGCAAAAAAUAGUGACAUUCGAUUUGACAAAUCAUGGCAAAAUUGUAGCGAGCAAUCCAGCGGAAAGCUACUUAGAUGCAUUCGCAUUUGUUCCUAUUUAA